GCGUCGCAGCGCCUCGUGCGCCAUCCGCCGGGAGCUUCACCAUGGAGUUGCAGGAGCUGUUAGACAUCUUGUCCGAACAGCAACAGUCGCUCCUCUUGCUGGCAGAUGAGCAACGUGAACUCUGGGCCUCGAGCUUGGACACCGCCUUUCAGCAGAUCUUAAGGCGACAUGCAGGUUCCAGUAGCCCCGACCUGGACAGCAAAGUGCGGCUGUCGAUCGAUUCGCGUGAUGUUUCUAGGGAAGGUACUUCCAACGUCUCGGUGGAAUUUAACCGCGAGAAGCCGGGGGAGUUUCCGAUGCGUCAUGUGAAACCCACUCUGAAACCGUGCGUGGCUGAAGUCGACGAAGAACUGCAUUACCACUGGCCCCUAGAGGCCGAGAAACGCGAUGAGCCACGACACCUCGUGGAUCUGUCCACAGUGCGGGAAGCAUCCAACGAGGUGAUGUCUACGGAAGCGGAAGAAGAGUUUCAGAAGCGCGUUCGGAUGACGUCGAGCCAGUCCUUAUCGAUGAGAUUGACGGGCACAUCGCCGACUUCAAACCAUAUCAUUGCACAUAUGGUCAGGGAUUCCGAGGAGGAAGAGGACACCUGGCUCCGGAGAGGUUUCAACUUUGUUAUGAAGUACUUGGACACGGUUGCAUCGUUCUUAGUCUUUCUUAAUGCCUUAGUGAUGCUGUUGGAGUUUGAGAUGUCGGGACGAGAGACUGGACAAAACUUGGGGCGAUCUGAUGGAGCCUACUACAGCGAUGAACGUGGUAUCUUUCGCAGCCUAGGCAUCACCUUUGAUAGCCUCUUUGCGAUCGAGCUGCUCCUGCGAAUUGUCGCCAGUGGCUGGUUAUUCCUACAGGACGUGGCCAACAUGUUCGACAGCGUUCUAGUCUUCGCCGGCCUCGCUGAACAUUUCUUGUUGCUGAUCAUCCCAGAUGACCUGUUGAGUUCACAGCUCAUGCGCGCAUUGAGUUCGAUCCGAGCGGUUCGGAUGUUGAGAGCUUUUCGCUUUUCUCAGGGCCUGAAAUUGCUUCUGAAUGCGUGCCAAGCCUUUCUAAUGUCGUUGGUUUGGUCGAUGGUGCUGCUGGGCGUGGUGAUGGUGGUGGCUUCACUGAUGAUCGGCAACCUGCUUCAGGGCUACCUGCAGAAUGACGCCGUCAGUUUAGAAGACCGGGAAUUUAUUUGGCGCCUUUAUGGCACGGCCUAUCGUUCCUGGUACACACUUUACGAGAUUACGUUCGCAGGCAAUUGGCCUACAAUGGCUCGUCCAGUCCUCGACAAGGUGAGCCACGGCUUUGUGAUUUUCUUCGUGCUUUAUAUCACGGUCAUCGUCUUCGCGCUGAUAAGAGUCAUAACCGCUGUGUUUCUCAAAGAUACGCUCGAUGCAGCCAACAACGACGCUGAGCUGCGUAUGGCUGAUGGACUGCGGAAAAAAGCUGAAUAUGUGGAGAAACUGGAGGGCAUUUUCAAAGCCAUUGAUGAUGGGGGCGAUGGCAUGAUUACAGAGGAACGGCUGACGUAUAUUAUGGACAAUCCCAAGGUUAAAGCCUAUUUUCAAACCUUGGAUGUUGACGUUCACGAAGGAGCGGCACUCUUCCACAUUCUCGAUGAUGGAGACGGAGAAUGUACGCUAGAGGAGUUCAUCGGUGGCAUCUUGCGAUGCAAAGGCCCUGCCCGCGCUAUCGAUCAGGUGGCGAUGAUGGCAGAUUUGAGGCUCUUGGACAAGAAAUUGUCCAAAUUGAUCCACGCUCUCCAUGACAACAGCAUAAUAGCCACCCUUGAAAGUGGCGAGUUUAAGCCCAUCACACCCAUCUCGAGCGACAAGAACCGCUUUGUCCGCGGGAUUUCCGAUCAGACCGACCAAAGCCACGAUGGGGGCCCGUCUGUCAGCAAGACCCAAAGUCGACGCAGAUUGUCCGAUGCAGCGCAGACCUUCCUCUACCGUACAGCCAUGCUUCCGAAGCUGAAACAUGCCGCCUCGGUUCAGGGAGAGGAUAGUACCACUAUGUUAAUGUAGACGCGACGGAACAUUUACGGAGGCUCGAAAGCCCGCCGGCCGUCCAUGGCGAGUCGAUCACUGGGCACGAUUUGCCGUCAUGACUUGGUCGACUUGCGAACUGUUCAAGUCUACAGUACC